ACCUUUUCCCCGACCAUAUAAUCUCUCUUCAUUAACCCCUGGGGCGUGCUGCUUCUAAUUGAUUAAUUCUCUCGCCCCUCUUUUCGACUUUUCUUUUUAUCGACCACACAACAUGUAUCCAACCACAGCCCCUCUCGAUCUGGACUACUUAAAUGAUCAAUUGCUGCCACGGCGAUACGAAUCUGAUGAGGAAGAGACUUCGGAAUCGGAAUUGGGUGCCCACGACCAUGCGUUUUCGCCUGUCAAGACUGCCGGUCCCUUCGACUCGGAUACCAGCGCAGAUGAGCUUUCCAAUGUCAAUUCCCCAGAGUCGCCGGUGGACAAGUCGGCGUUUUCCCGUCUCCUGUCUGCCUACCCGCCCAGCAAACAAAGUCGACCGGUGUCCAUGGACACGGUGAAGCGAAGCAGCGGCACGACGUUUGUCCCGGACUCAUACAUCUUCGACGACGAUGACGAUGUGAUCAUCGAGCUGCCCUCGCCUACUUCGACCUCCCCCUUGCAAUCUCCUAUCUUCCUCCAGCCCACAGUCUAUCAGCCUCCUACAUCGCCACGAUCUGCGUCUCCCGCCCCGACCGCCCCGACCGACUCGGACGACGAGACGGACGUGCUCGUCGCCGAGCAGGUCACCUUUGUGGAACCCAGCGCCAAACCUAAUCUAAUUCUAAUCAGCCCCGUCACGGACGGACCAGUGGUCGACGAGCCGGAGCCAAUGUCUGCAGUUUCUGUGGAUGUACCCAACCGCUUCCCACCCCGUCAAGGGCUCUACUCUUUGAAUCAGUGCACCAAAUCACAACCCAUGUUGAGCGACAAACGACCCGACUACUUGGCGCAUAUGAAGCGCGGCAGUUUGCAGUUGCACAGCAAGUAUGCGAAACAAAAGCCCAGACGGGCCGAUACGGACCCCUUCACAAUCCCCAGAACUCUGGCGGAUGUCCCUGAAACGUCCCAGCCGAUGGCCUUGCGCUCGCGGUCCAUGACUUGGAACCGACCACAGACUUCCGCCGAAAGCACAUCGAACCGCGGACCCAAAGCGGGUACCCUCCGCCGUCCGCCGUCCAUGCAAAACGUCGGUGGCGGUUACACGCUUUUCCCGAACACCAGACGCACACUGGGUUAUCCCAACGAAGAGUUCCACGCGCGAUCCUCCUCCCUGUCCUACUCGAUUGCCAGCUCCGACGUCAGCCAACCUCCAUCCCGCACAUCCAGCCCGGCGCCGUAUUACUCGUCACCGACGUUCAACCGACAUCGGUCCGGAUCUAAUUACAGUGUGUCGAGCGUUCCAGGCAACAUCAGCCAGCGACCUCCGGUGCGCCACUCGAUGAUGAAAAGCUCGACAUCAUCCAGCAUGUACUCGGCGAGUAGCCUGCGGUCGGAAGUGGAGAGCGUGUACAGCAUGGACCCACGGGAGGUGGCAGAGCCGGAUGCCAAGGCGGCGCGGCGGAAGAAGAGUUUUCGGCGCAGCAAACAACCGAAGAUGGAGAGUACCGAGCCGCUCCCGACCACCCCCAAGAGUUUCAUGGGCUUCAUGUUACGAGGCCGGAGAAAGUCCACCAUUCAAAAGUAAUGCUUAAUUUGUUUACCUGGGGACUAGUGUUUCAGGUUCAUCUGUUUAAUAACUUUUUGGGAAGGUUCAUGAGGCGUUUGGUUAGCGAUACGGUUGGGAUGGCGGCUUUGUUUACUGCACUGGAUGCUUUGAUAAUUUCUUCUCUUUACAUUUGGAUGUUUAUAAUUAGUGUUAUGGUCCCGGAGCAGGCCCAAUGGACACGAUGAACAUAUGCCAUAUACUAUAUACCAUAUACUUUGCCU